AUGCUGCAUAUGGAGAUGUUAGACAAAGUAUUGAAGUCCGAUGUAUGGCGUUCUGGUAAGCCAUGCAAGGUGAACAUUCGCUGCCCAGGAAUCGACCCGCACGCAACGGGGAUAUGUCCAACUAAGCACCUUCACGAUCAGAGAAAGUUGUGGUUGGAGAAUCAUGCCAAUUUCAAGUCAUAUUCCAUUCUUGAGUGCUACCGACGAGCCUCGAGAACACCCAAACGUCUCUUUGUUCCCACACCUCCGCAUGUUGCACGCUCUUCGUAUUCGAGUUGAUACAGGACUUCCUUCCCAUGCCUCUGAUUUACUCCUUUCAACGCUGAGGAUUCUUCCCUUUCUCGGAGCUAGACGACUUCUUCUGCCCGGAGUGACCCGAGUCUUUUGUGGGGUUGGCUGCUCUCACGGUCAGCACUUUCUCGAGGUUGGCAAGUUCUACUGCACUCACCAGGUUUCUGAUGAGACACAUGAGGUGUUUGCGGAGCGGUGGCCUUCAUUGCCGACUUCACUGGUUGGCUCUUCACCUCGGCAGCCUGGACUCCCUUCUUGGCUGCUCGGUAGCCGUAGUCUUUGACAGCUGUGCCCUCUUUCCCGCCAUCUGUAGUCUGU